UAGCUAAAAUAUUUACGUAUAGAGAAACUCUGAUUAAAAAUCAGAAUUCGUAAUUCGGAUUUCGAGGAUGGCAGUGUCCUGCCCAGAAGUAAUGUACGGUGCUUAUUAUCCAUAUUUGUAUGGCCGCGCUGGACCAAGUCGUUCAUUUUAUCAAUAUGAUAGAUUCAAUCAAGAUUUGUAUUCCUCUUCUGGUGUUCAACUGGCGAGUGCUUCAAGUGCAGGCUCUCAUUCGCCAUGUAGUCCAAUUUUACCGCCUACGGUUAGUGCAGCCGUUGUAGCUGUUGCUGCACAAACAAAUCAAACACCCGCAUCAACGAAUUUAACACUUGUUGGCAAUGGAGCAGGCAGUAGCGGCGGUACUGCAGCUCUAGUGCAUGGCAAUCUAAAUAAUGCUUUACAUAGCAGAACACAUACCAAAGAAGAGGAUCUAGUGGGACCAAGAAACGAUGCUGAAGCGCGACUCGUGGGAUCCCACAAUGAAUCUUCAUGCUCCUCAGGUCCAGAUUCACCACGUCAUACAUUGCAUGGUGCACAAACGAAAGAUUUACCUCUCGAUACUUCAAGUGGCAAUAGCCAGGGGAGAGCUCAGUAUUUAUCUGCAACCUGCGUCGUAUUCACAAACUAUUCCGGCGACACGGCCAGUGUUGUUGAUGAACACUUUUCCAGAGCGCUUAAUUUUAACAAGGAUAACAAAGAAGCAAAUAGUCCAAUGUCAGCUAGAAAUUUCCCACCUUCAUUUUGGAAUAGUAACUAUGUGCAUCCUGUAAGUGCGCCUACACAUCCGCAGGUCAGCGAUUUGUAUAGUUCAGAUGGUGGUUAUGCAACUGAUCCCUGGGUACCACAUGCAGCGGCACAUUAUGGCUCUUAUGCACAUGCAGCACAUGCGCACGCAGCUCAUGCUUAUCAUCAUCACAACAUGGCACAGUACUUGCGACUGCCACAACAGUAUAGCCACGGUUCAAGGUUACAUCAUGAUCAGCAAACGGCACAUGCAUUGGAGAGUGCAGCAGCUUAUUCUAGUUAUCCCACAAUGGCAGGUUUGGAGGCACAAGUGCAAGAAUCAUCAAAGGACCUAUAUUGGUUUUAAGAUAAAACUGUAUUUUAACAGUUCGACUUUUUGAUUGAAGCUACCUACACUCUAUACUUUCUACAAUUUUGAACAUCAUAAAAAAUUCUUUGUCUUUUGUUUUUUUUUU